AUGAGCUCGGCUCAGCAGGCGAACGAAGCUGAAAAGAACAUCGAGAUAUGGAAGGUUAAAAAGCUGAUUAAACGCCUUGAAGCUGCCCGGGGAAAUGGCACCUCCAUGAUCUCUCUCAUCAUUCCCCCAAAGGAUCAGAUCUCUAGAGCCGCGAAGAUGUUGGCUGAAGAAUAUGGUACUGCUUCAAACAUUAAGUCUCGUGUCAAUCGACUCUCUGUCCUUUCUGCCAUUACAUCCACCCAGCAGCGCCUGAAGCUCUAUUCCAAAGUUCCUCCAAAUGGCUUGGUUGUAUACUGUGGUGAAAUUAUUACACAGGAAGGCAAGGAGCGCAAAAUCAACAUUGACUUUGAGCCCUUCAAGCCAAUCAAUACAUCCUUAUACCUUUGUGAUAAUAAGUUUCACACGGAAGCAUUGAGCGAACUUCUGGAAUCGGACCAGAAAUUCGGCUUUAUUGUCAUGGACGGAAAUGGCGCCCUUUUCGGAACCCUGAGUGGAAAUACCAGAGAGAUUGUCCAUAAAUUCAGUGUUGAUCUUCCUAAGAAACACGGUCGUGGUGGUCAAUCUGCUUUGCGUUUCGCCCGUCUUCGUGAAGAAAAGCGCCAUAACUAUGUGCGCAAGGUUGCUGAGUUAACUGUCCAGAAUUUCAUCACCAACGACAAGGUCAACGUUGCAGGAAUCAUCCUAGCAGGUUCUGCUGACUUCAAGAAUGACCUGAAUCAAUCCGAUAUGUUUGAUCAGCGCCUGCAGGCGAAAGUUAUCAAGGUUGUUGAUGUGUCUUACGGCGGCGAAAACGGGUUCAACCAAGCCAUUGAACUUUCCUCCGAGACUUUGGGCAACGUCAAAUUCAUUCAAGAGAAGAAACUGAUUGGAAAGUACUUCGAGGAAAUCAGUCAGGACACUGGUAAAGUUUGCUAUGGUGUCGAAGAUACCCUCAAGGCUUUGGAAUUAGGUGCCGCCGAAACCCUGAUCGUUUACGAGAACUUGGAUGUUACCCGCUGGGUCCUGAAGUCACCAGAAGGCGCCGAAAUAAUUCUCCAUACUACCAAGGCUCAAGAGGCCAAUCGCGAGCCGUUCAUGAACAAGGAAACGGGCCAAGAGAUGGAAAUUGUUGACCAAGGACCUUUCCUUGAAUGGCUUGCUGAGAAAUACAAGGACUUCGGUGCUGCGCUCGAAUUUGUUUCGGACCGAUCCAGCGAAGGUAACCAGUUCGUCAAGGGCUUCGGUGGUAUCGGUGCUAUGCUUCGAUACAAGGUCAACUUUGAACAGCUUGCAGACUAUGAUGACGAUGAUGAAUUCUAUGACGGUAUGUCCAUUUCAAUGCGCUCCACGAUUCGAAAUAUCUCGAGCAUAUCUCUCUAA